UAUAUACAUAUAUAUAAACAAACUUUAACAGAAUUGCAUGUUUUUUGUUUUGUUUCGUUUUUUUUUCAAAAAAUCGAAACCAUUCAAUGUUCAAUUUGAUUUUUAUGCAUCCAAAUUAAUUCAACUUACAAUAUACAUAUAUACAUAUACAUAAAUAUUAUGCAUUUUAUUACAAAAUUUAACAAUUUGUCAAUUAUUCUAGAUCAACUAUUCCAUUUGUAUAAACAAAAAUCGAAAUUCUUUGGAAUUAUAUUAUUAUUGUUACAAGUUCAGUUGAUUGUCAAUUUCAUGAAUCCAGUACAAGGAAUCAGAUGGUUAGGUAUCUAUCGAUUACCAAAAAGUGCAGAUCAUCCAGUCGAUUCAACAGCUGAUCGAUUCACACCAGCUGAAUGUCAAAAAGCCGCCAAUGAAUUAGGUCUACGAAGGCGACAAGCACGAUUUUGUAUGCAUCCACGUUUUGGUUAUGCAAUGAUUGCGGUAUUAAGAGCUGCACAUGCUGUCGGUUAUCAUUGUCCUAAAACAUUUUCCGACAGACGAUGGAAUUGUACUUCGAUACAUCAACUGCCACAUGUAUCACCAGAGUUAAAAAGAGGUACACGUGAACAAGCAAUUGUACAUGCAUUUGCUAGUUCUGCAUUAUUAUUUGAAAUUGGUCGAUAUUGUGCAUUGAAUAAAAUUCGUUAUUGUUCUUGUGGUGAUGAUGGUGAUGGCAGUUAUGCUACUACUACUACUACUUCUACAACAUCAAAUUAUCAUACUAAUAAUCAGAAUAAUGCAUUAGUCUAUAAUUCUCUUGGUCAUUCAAUCAAUUCCAUGGAGAGCACAAGAUCAACGGCUAAUAUGCCAAUGACUACAGAUGGUCAACCAACUGUGAGUAAAUUUUAUUGGGCUGGUUGUUCAGAUAAUUUACGUAUUGCUAAAGAAUAUACUUCAUUAUUUCUUGGUUAUCCAAAUCAACAAGUUCUACUGCCAGCUCCAAUAGAAAUGGAUACCAUGAAUUUUAAUUCAUUACAAGAUAUGAAUAAUGCGAAUCGUUUUAAACGAUCCACUUAUUCAUCAUUUUUAACAGAUAAUUAUCAGUAUGCAACAACACAUCCAUCUGAUAUGUCUAGUGAACAGGAAAAUGGAGAUGAUAGAGUUCGAGAAGUAGGCGAAGUGGAAGACGACGACGAAGGAGGAGGAGGAGGUGUUGAUGUAGACGUAGACGUAGGCGGAGAUGUUGCUGAAGACAGUGAUGAAACUGACAUAGAAGAGGAUGAUGACAAUGAUGUGGAUAAUUCAAAAUUAUUUCAUUUACCAUAUGAAUAUACAGAUAGACGACGUCGUAAUUUGUAUAAAAAACCAUGGUUUCAUCAACAAUCUACUACAGCACAAACUAAUCCAAAUUCAGAUCAACAAAUUUAUUAUAAUAUCAUAGAAGAAGAUUUAAAUGAUGAGAAACGGCUGCCACGUCAUCCGAGAUCAAAACAAAAUAAAAAGAAAUCUAUAUUACGCAAUUUAAAUCGUCAUAAUUAUUUAGCAGGUGUUGUAUUAAUGGAAGCAAAUCAAAAACUUGUCUGUAAAUGUCAUGGUGUUAGUGGAAGUUGUGCACAACGUGUUUGUUUUCGUCAACUACGACGAAUUGAUACAGAACUAAUGCAAAAAGCAUUGAAAAUGCGAUAUUUAGCAGCUAAACAAGUUUCAGAAGGUAAAAAUGGUGAAUUAAUUGCUAAAACAUUUAUUGGCAAUGGAUUUAUUGAUGAAGUAGUAAAACCGGAAGAAUUGGUAUUCAGUGAACAUUCACCAGACUAUUGUAAUGUAGAACCUCAAAGAGGUUCUGUUGGUACACGAGAUAGAAUUUGUACAUUGAAAGAUACAGGAACAUCAAAUUGUGUGAAUAUGUGUUGUGGUCGUGGUUAUAGAAAUGUAACUAAACGAGAAAAUAUUCAAUGCAAUUGUCGAAUGGCCAAUGGAUUCAAAGUACAGUGUGAUGAGUGUAAUGUUGAAACUGUAACUCAAAGAUGCUUAUAAAUAAACAAUCAAUAUACAUCUUCAUUAGUGUUAAAAUGUUGAAAAAAAAAUAUAUGAACAUUUUCCAGGGUCAUGAAAUAAUGCGAAUUUAACGAGAGUAAGAAGACAAUGUGAAUGCAUGUAGUGUGUAUACAUCUUACGUUUUUAAAUUUUUUGAAACUAUUGUUGUACUACUCUAAAAUUUGUAAGUAACCUAAUACGGAUAACAUAAUAUUUAGACUAUAUCAUACAUGAUUUUAUGUACAUAAGUCACGUGAAUUUUGCAUGCUGACCGAAAUCCAUGUUAAUUAUUGUGCUAAAAUAUAUAUGUAUGUCAACAUA